CUGGGCUCGAGCUCUGAUUGGCGGGCGAGAGAGGCGCGUGGUUGCAAGCCUUCUUUCGGAGCGUAGUCGCAGCGUGCCUUGGUUCAGUCUGGCUUUUGGAGAGGAAGAGGUGUAAACAUGUCAGAUCAAGAACAGCUGAUGGACUCCUUGAAGAAGCAAGUGAGGUCGCUGCUGAUGCCAGCCAAGGAAGGCCUCACCCCUUUCCAGUUAGAAGAAGACUAUAAGUCUCUGAUUGGAAAAUGGCUUCCUUUUCGGGCCCUUGGUUACCAUUCUCUUAUGGAACUGCUGAAGGAUAUGCCUGAUGUUGUUAAAAUAUGCCCUAAAGGAAAUGGCAACGUUCUCCUCAAAGCUAUUGCAGAUGAGUGCACCAAGGAGAUUGCAAGCUUGGUUGCCAAACAGAAGAGUAGACCUAAGCCACACAGUUCCAGACAGAGGUUGAAUUUAUCUUUUCUUUCUACACGUCGUGGUGGACUAUCUUGGCACUCUCAGGCUUCUCCAAAUUUGCCUCGGAGGGGACGGCUUCCUCCCAUUCUGCCAGCUAUUGUAAAAAGUGAACUGAAGGAGUUGCUGAGGACUUCCCCUGUCCUGCUGUCAGAUUUUGACAAAGCUUUUUUCCAGCGCUUUGGACGGACAUUUCAAUUUGUUCGUUAUGGGUUCUUCUCCAUGUCAGAGGUGCUGAAUGCAGCUUCAGAUAUCAUCACAAUUGUUCAAACAAGGACAGGGUCCCUAUUGACACUAAAAGAUAGUUCACCCAAGAAACAGACAGAAAAGCUUCCCAACGCAGUAAUUCAACCAGAUCAGAGCAAGCAGAUUUUGGCUACUACUGUGGAAACACCUGUAGUGAAUAUAACUUCUCUGGCACCUGGCCUGUCUAUGAAUGACCAAAGUGAGACUCCAAAGGAGGAAUCUGCUAUUUCUGUACCAGAAUUGAAAGUGGAACCCCCACUAGUGAAAUCUGGAGAGAGAAUAAAACAACUACAAAAAGACAUGAAAACAGUACUUGCCAAUAAAGGACCUGGAGGGGUCGUCAGCUCAGAACUCAAGGAAAAAAUAAAAACGAUUGUUGCACAGUACCCAGAAGGCUUGCUUGCUUCCAAGUUGUCUCAUGAAUUUGAGGUGCAUUUUAAAGAAGCAUUGCCAGUAAGGGAGCUGGGCUUCUUAAACCUGAUGGAGCUCAUUGGUGCUCUUAGCGAUACUCUCUAUAUUGAAUGCAAAGAAGGGGAAAAAGACUGGCUCAUCUUUGACACUGAUUCACAGCGGUUAAAAGAUGAUGAUGAAGAAAAUGAUAAGACAGUCCAGUCUGAUCCCUUAGUGCAGGAGAACAUCUCUGAUGAGCACAGGCUGCCUUGUUGGGACUUUCCUGUUGAGGAUACUAAAAGUCUGGAGACUAAGUUCAGUAUAGUAACAAAGAUGGUGACACCGUACCUGGGUAUGGAGAAGUCUUGCAUUAUGCAGGAGCUCAUGGAAAAAGAAAUCCCACCUGAUGCUGCCCAAGACAGAAGUCUUUAUAGUCUUCCUGAGUUUGAAACCAGUGCUUUGGUGGGAGUAUUUGUGGAACACAUUGUGUCUCCUUCACAAUUCUAUGUCCGAAUCUUCAGUGCAGAAACGUCUGAUAAACUAGAAGACAUGAUGAUUGAGAUGAGAAGAUGUUAUUCUUGUAAGAAUGUAGCUGACCGUUACACCAUACCUGAAACCUUAAUCCAGCCUGGCCAGCUUUGUUGUAUAGGGAAUUCGAAAGGCAAAUGGUGGUACCGUGUUAUUAUUCAUCGAAUAGUUGAUGACCAAAAAGUGGAAGUAUUUUACGCAGACUUUGGAAAUAUGGGUAUAGUCCAGAAAUCUGACCUAAGGUUUCUCAAAUACUGCUAUGCAAAACUUCCUGCUCAAGCUGUCCCUUGUUCUUUAGCCUGGGUGAAAUGCACUGAGGAUGACUGGACUGCCAAUGCCAUACUUGAGUUCCAAAAAUUGUGCGGAGUGAAGCUGUUGGUGGGAGUGGUGGAUGAAUACAUAGAUGGUGUCCUUCAUCUUUUCCUUUGUGACACCAGCUCCAAUGAAGAUAUCUACUUGCACAAUGUACUGAGAUUAGAGGGCCAUGUACUCAUCUGCCGAGAGAACAUUUCUUCCAAGGGUUUCCAAAAUCUAAAUCCUACAAAUCUGUAUAUGAAACCCAGUCAAAAGCAGAAGGCUCAUUUGAAAGAAGAAGCAGUUUCCUUGUUUCAGCAGGAAUCCUCUGGUGGCCUCGCAGGCACAACAGAUUCAGGGUUGUGCGAGAGUGAAGUGGUUAUCCAGAGAUUUGAUACGAGGGAGAAUUCGGAAUCUGACCAGUUGGAGAAGGGUUCCAACAGCUUUAUAGAUUGUAAUGGUUCAGGUGACGUCCAAGAAUCAUGCCUCUUCAAAUCCUGUUAUGAGAAUUCACGGCUAGAGCAAAAUGAAACUAAGGAUAUAGCAUCUGAGAUGCCAUACUUGGAACCAGUGUAUUUAUGCAAAGAAAUUUGGGAUGAGAGUUGGAUACCUUCUGAAUAUUGUGGAGAAAAGAAAAAUUGUGAUACUGGUGCUGAUUUGUGCUCAGAUACUGCGAGAUCUUAUUGUCAAGCACCAAGUAACAAAGAAAGCAAGAAUGAUACUCAGCACAGCCAAGAUGUGACACAUGAGAAGAAAGAGGAGACCUUGAGUGCUGCUGAGACAAUAACAUGUCCUAAUCUGGAACCUCUGAGCCUAAUCAUGGACUCAUCUGGAAGAACUGAGGCAGCAAGCUGCCUUGGAGCUGCACCUGAUUCUUUGUCACAAACACUGGAUGAAUUUUACAUCUCAAUUGCCCAUUCUGAGAAAUUUGGAGAGCUUUGCCAAGUUGGUGUGGAUGUGAACAGUUACACUUCUGAAUCUCUUCCAUCAACAUCUGCCUUACAUGGAGAAACUUCUUCAGAUGAGAAGAUGGAUGAAGCUUCCAGGACCCAAGUAGUUGCCUUGUGUAGCCCGAGCUGCUAUCGUGGUGACAGGGCCGUAGAUCACAAUGCCUUAGUGUUCACUGCUGAGCUUCAGGGAUCUCCAACCUUCUGUGUCCCUUGCAGCCCUGCUGUAGCUCUGGGAGCCUCUGCCCGCUUAGCCUCAGCUGGUGGCUAUUUCUCCCUUAGCCGGAGGAAACUGAAGACAUGAGGAGAACCAAAGAUGAGUUGGUUUUCUUUUGGAAGGCUUCAUUGUUCAACUGCUUCAUUGGACUGACUCAGUGGUUAAAAAUCCUUUUUGAGGUUGUAGAAACUCUACCUCAUAAUAGUUUAGAUUCUAGUUUCAGUUUGGUCUAAAUGCUGCCUUUUUACCUCUUUUUUCCAUGUUUCUUUUAUACUGUUAUAUAGUUUGGUUGACUCUUCUAUUUUUAAUAUAUUGGUUUCAAAACAAAUUUGUGAGUUGUCUCAUUGUCAUGGAGAGUUGAGUUCACUAUAUGGUAAUGUGCUGGAUAUUCUGACAGUGUCAUGGGGAUUUCUUUCCUAGUAUGAGUAAAGUCAGGAGUUGAAGAGCAAAGAAGUUUUAUUUAAAGAAUCGCCCACUGCGGGCACCAAAAUCAAAAGGAUGGUGAGCCCUGGGUAACAAACAAACAAAGCUUUUAUACGUUUGGAAACCUUACCUUUUCCACAGUACAGACAGGCCAAAAUAAAGCUGCUUCGGGUCACUUUGGAGGUAUGCUGUUUAAAUGAUGCAUGCAUCCUGAGA